AUGUUUCUAUCACUAGCAGACAUUCGAAGGUGUUCUCUGCGCGACCGUCGGUGGUCGGGGCGGCGGCGCGCGCAACCCAGGUCAGUGUGCUGGCAGUGUGCGCAGCGCAACGCGAGCACGCGUCGCCAAGGCGUUGCACGCGAGGACCUGUACCGAGUUCUGGGGGCAACGCGGGACUCGAGCCCGGCGGAGAUCCGGCGCGCGUUCCUUGAACAGAGCCAGCGGUGGCAUCCUGAUCGCAACCCGGGUGACGAGCGCGCGAGCGAGCGUUUUGAGGCUGUCAAAACCGCUUACCAGGUGCUCCGCGAUGCAACCCUCCGAGCAGCGUACGACGAAGCCGGAUUUGCCGGCCUGGACGCUGUUAUCUCGGUUGAGUCUCGACACGAGCGAAUGAAAGACGCUUUAAAGGAGGUGCAGCAGCUCGAACGUGAUAACGCGAGCACUGAAGAACUCGCGUUCUGGGGACUCGACGGCAGCAACCUGGCCCUACUCGAAGGCGCCGAGCCCGUAGUACCCUCGGACGGGGGCGCAUCCAGCGCUGUGGACCAACCGACCGACGCUCGGCCGCGUUCUGUUGCCGAAGCAAUAGCGAAUUUGAAUCAUCCCGAUGAGGGCUAUCGCUACUAUGCCGUCUGGUGGUUGUCGCGGUUUCGUGUUCGAGAGGCAGCCGAUGCCCUCGUGGCGGUGUUACGUCAUUCCACGGACCGAACGGCGCUUGGCGGGUACCCGCUCCGACGACGCGCUGCCUUGGCGCUCGGCAACCUUGGUGCAUUAGAGGCGUUAACAUUCCUUCAGGAGGCGCUCGGCAAUGACGAGGACUGGCAUCUGCGCCACAGAGCCGCUGAGGCUAUCGCCAAAAUUCUCAUGCAGCAACCGAGCUACAUGCCGAACUCCCAGUUGACAGAAGCGCUCCUGUCUCGACUGGAAACGUUUCAGAGCGAGGCGCACAACGAAACCGAAUCGGUGACGCUGCCACCAGGCUUCGACCUCUCGACGCUGGACGAGGCGAAGCGAGCGCGUCUGCUCGAGAUCUUUGCUAAGCGACGCGCCGAUGAGGCGCGAGCUCGUCGCAGCACCCAGACACCAACACUGGGUGUCGAUCUCCAAUCAGCGAUGAUGCAGGAACCGUACGAAUGGCUCCUGAAAGCACUUGGAUACGUAGCUGGACGCAUGCGCUCGGAUCCGGCCGUCUGGGCGCGUUACGAAGACCGUUUCGUCUCAGCGAUGCGACCCCUGACGAAACAUCCAGUGCCGCUCGUACAGUACGCAGCGCACAAGGCCAUGUACCAAGCGACCGGCAAAGUGGAACAUUUGCAUGCACUUCAUGGUGCUCUCGAAUUCGGUGCCGAACAUCACUUUUCCCAGCGCGUCCUCGUACGAGAUCUCGGAGAGCUCGGGCAGCUUGAGUCGGCAUCGGCCAUUGCGAACUGUGCGAUGGUCGAAAAUAGCUUCAAAGUUUUCGCCAUUCGCCAGAUCAUUCAGCGUUGCAACUUGGAGCUCACGCACUCGGCCCUCGACCCGCUCUUUCACCUCUUGGACGACCUGCUCUAA